AUGCCUAUCUCAAAAUUUUCAACAGCCGAGAAAUCAGAAGCGGUUCCUAAUACAUUACCCAUUGGAGCAAACUCGCCUCAGAAGCCGAACCACAGUCUCUAUGCCGAAAAGCUAUCUGGAACUUCGUUUAUCGCGCCACGUCAUGAGAAUCUACAAAGGUGGCUCUACCGCAUUCUCCCCUCUGCGGCUCAUCUCCCGUUUCAGAAGCGGGACGAUUUUAACAUCAUGACUCCGAUAAGCCAAGUUCCUACACAAUUCAGAUGGGAUCCAUUUGACCUUGAUGAGAAGGCGGAUUGGCUUCAUGGCUUAAAGCAAGUUGGAGGUGUUGGGAGCCCGGCAACCAAAACUGGGCUUGGAAUAUACAUCUAUGCUGCCGGAGCCUCUAUGUCUCCACAACACGCAUUCUAUUCAUCCGAUGGCGACUUGUUGAUCGUUCCGCAACUUGGAGACAUGGAUAUUCAAACCGAGUUGGGUCACAUUCUGGUUCGACCUAAUGAGAUUGUUGUCAUCCCUCGAGGUAUCAAGUUCCGAUUGCCAGAGCUAGGGCCUAUCGGAUCCAACGGCCUCGCCAAUGCGCGUGACUUCCAAGCUCCCGUUGCCGCUUUUGAGGACAUCGAGGAGCCAGGGACAUGGACCAUCUUCACGAAAUAUGACAACCAGAUAUUCUCCGCAGAGCAAACCAAUACACCAUUCGAUGUGGUCGGGUGGCAUGGGGUGUAUUAUCCAUACAAGUAUGAUCUAGGUCGCUUCAACAUCAUUGGAAGCACGAGCUUUGAUCACCCAGACGCUAGCAUAUAUACCGUCCUCUCAAAUCCAACAGCCGAUUUCGUCAUCUUCCCUCCUCGGUGGCUUGUGCAGGAGGACACGUUUCGCCCUCCCUGGUACCACCGUAAUACCAUGUCUGAGUUCAUGGGGCUUAUCAUGGGCGACUAUGACGCAAAGGCUGGCGGGGGUUUCAAACCGGCCGGAGCGAGUUUGCAUAACGUGAUGAGCGCACACGGUCCAGAUGCAGAUACUCGUGAGAAGGCAAGCAAUGCAGAGCUAAGACUUUCCAAGGUAGGAGAGGGCAGCAUGACGUUCAUGUUUGAGAGCCCGCUCAUGAUUGGAGUGACCGAGUGGGCAGCGGAAGAGUGUCGUAAGGUUCAGUGGCAGUACAAUUCUGAAUCAUGGGUUCCGCUUAAACGGCACUUCAAACCCCCAGUAGCCUAA